CAACAUUCUGCAGUUGUUUUUAUUCCCGCCAUCAGUGUAACAGGCAGAACGGGGGCUGCAUAUAAACACUGCAAACUCAGAACCAUGUGUUGCCCCUGUUAAGCGAUACUUGACUGAUGGAUCGUGUUUGCACUAGCCCGCCCUAGAAUCCCUUUUUAAAACAUCGUUAUUGCUGCUAUUAUUAUUAUUUAUUGCAAAUCCUUUCCUUGCCCUGGCCUGGCUGCCCGGGGAUGGUCUUCGAGCCAUUGCCCACCAGGCCUGGGCAACUCUGGGCUGGAGAUUCGGGCCCUUCUGGACCACAGGUUUCCAUCGUCCCUCCCACAGGCCUGGACCGCCUGCGGUCUCCAUGGAAACCCACCAGCCACCGGAGGGCGUGACGACGCUGAGAAAGACAGGAAUGUUCGACCAUCGGGUCAAAAAAUUUUUGGAAGAGGAGAGCAAAUGGAGCUUAUGACUGGUUCAUCCUUAAUGGAGGGCGGGAAUACAGCGACAGACGGCGGAGGCUGUUACUAUCGCUACCAAUCAAGAGUCGUGAAGGUUUUGAUGGACAAGCUUAGCGGGAAGCGUCUCUGCGCUCAGCUCUUCGCCCAACCCGCGGUCCGCCGUCCCGGAAAAGGGCCAAUAAGAAGGUGGCGGAGGUGGGGCGAAGGGGCCGGUUGCUCCGGAAGUGGAGGGAGGGGGUGAAAAUGGCGCCCAGCUCGAAAUCGGAGCGGAACAGUGGGGCCGGGAGCGGCGGCGGCGGCCCCGGGGGAGCCGGGGGGAAGCGAGCAGCAGGGCGGCGGCGGGAGCACGUCCUCAAGCAGUUGGAGCGGGUCAAGAUCAGCGGGCAGCUCUCUCCUCGCCUCUUCCGGAAGCUGCCACCGAGGGUCUGCGUGUCGCUUAAGAACAUCGUAGAUGAGGAUUUCCUCUACGCGGGGCACAUCUUCCUGGGCUUUUCCAAGUGUGGCCGCUAUGUGCUGUCCUACACGAGCAGCAGCGGGGAUGACGACUUCUCCUUCUACAUCUACCACCUCUACUGGUGGGAGUUCAACGUACACAGCAAGCUGAAGCUGGUCCGACAGGUGCGGCUCUUCCAGGAUGAGGAGAUCUACAGCGACCUGUACCUAACCGUGUGUGAGUGGCCCAGCGACUCCUCCAAGGUCAUCGUCUUUGGCUUCAACACGCGCUCACCCAACGGCAUGCUCAUGAACAUGAUGAUGAUGAGCGACGAGAACCACCGGGACAUCUACAUCAGCACGGUGGCUGUGCCGCCGCCUGGCCGCUGUGCUGCCUGCCUGGACGCCAGCCGGGCGCACCCAGGGGACCCGAGCGCACAGUGCCUGCGACACGGCUUCAUGCUGCACACCAAGUACCAGGUGGUCUACCCGUUCCCUACCUUCCAGCCCGCCUUCCAGCUCAAGAAAGACCAGGUGGUGCUGCUGAACACCAGCUACUCCCUGGUGGCCUGCGCCGUCUCCGUGCAUGCAGCAGGUGACAGUGGCUUCUGUCAGAUCCUGUAUGACCACACAGCGUCCCCGCCACCCCCGCCCAGCCCCCCAGAGCCCCACAGCCCAGAGGCACCCCCCACUCUCCCCAACCUCUACCCCGAGGCAGCCCCAGCCCGGUCCUCUGGGGCCUCUGAGCCCUCCCCCGCCAUCGCCAGAGCCAAGGAGUUCGUGGCCGACAUCUUCCGCAGGGCCAAGGAGGCCAAGGGUGGGACCUCUGAGGACACCCGGCCGCCCCCGUGCCCUGGGCCCUCAGGCAGCCGUUGCCGCUCAUCCUCAGAGCCACCAAGCCUCUGUAGUGAGGCGGUGGCUAGGGACAGUCCCACCCUGGCGCCUGCCCCAGAGCCUGGCUAUGUCAACUACACCAAGUUAUAUUAUGUGCUGGAGUCCAGCGAAGGGACAGAGCCCGAGGAUGAAUUCGAGGAUGACAAGAUCUCCCUGCCCUUCGUGGUGACCGAUCUCCGAGGCCGCAACCUGCGUCCCAUGCGGGAGCAGACUGCUGUCCAGAGCCAGUACCUGACGGUGGAGCAGCUUACGUUGGAUUUCGAGUAUGUCAUCAACGAGGUCAUCCGCCACGAUGCCACCUGGGGCCACCAGUUCUGCUCUUUCAGUGACUACGACAUCGUCAUUCUGGAGGUCUGCCCAGAGACCAACCAGGUCCUCAUCAAUAUCGGCUUGCUGCUCCUGGCCUUCCCUUCCCCCACUGAGGAGGGCCAGCUCCGACCAAAGACCUAUCACACCAGCCUCAAGGUGGCCUGGGACCUCAACACCGGCAUCUUCGAGACGGUCAGCGUGGGCAAACUCACUGAGGUCAAGGGGCAGACGAGCGGCAGUGUCUGGAGCUCAUACCGCAAGGGCUGCGUGGACAUGGUCAUGAAGUGGCUGGUGCCUGAGAGCAGCGGCCGCUACGUCAACAGGAUGACCAACGAGUCGCUGCACAAAGGGUGCUCGCUGAAGGUGCUGGCAGACAGUGAGCGGUACACGUGGAUUGUGCUGUGAGGGCCCAGCUGCCCAGACACUGACGCCAACUACCUCCGAGGCCGGCGCUGGCCGCCCCUGUGCUGGCCUCCGCCCGGCUGGUGGCCCACGACGAUGGCAGUAGUGUUGGGCUGCAGGAAGGGCUCAGUGGCCAGCCCAGCAGCUGGAGAGUCUGGACGCUUUUUUUAUUUAUGCCUAUUUAAGUUGGGAAGGGGCAGAGGGGGAGACUAACCCCCAUAGCCUGGAGUGGCCGCCUUCCUGUGGUGCGCACGGACGGGCGUAGCCUGUGCAUUUGCCCCUUUCCUGGGCACAGGGGCUGGUGGGACCCUCGGGGAGUCGAAUGGUCCCAGCCCCUCCCCCGCGCUGCCCACCCAGCCUCACUGCAUCACGGGUGGGGAGCCCGUGGUCACCCCACUUUGUCCCUCUUCAUGUAAUAAAUGCUUUAUUUCCGAA